AUGGUUGCUGCUGAUUCGACCACCGAUUCUCAACUCUCUCAUGGCUCUCCGAUCUCUACAGCUUUCUUCAAGAAACCGAAUGUGAAUUGGUUAAAGAAGCUGAAACAGUGGAAGAUUGAUGAUCCUCGUCACAGUCAAUGGAUUCACCAACGACGUAAGAGAGAAUAUGUCGUAGAUGAAGAGGAGGAAGAUGGCUGCUCUAGACUCAGAUCUUUACGAGACAUCAAAACACUCAGCGAAAGAUUUUCUCAAUCUUGGAGUAAUCAUAGUGACGACGACGAUGAGGACUGCUUCUGCUGUUCUAAGGAGGUCACAGAGAAGGAAGAGGAAGAGUUUCUUUGUGAUGAGAAUGACAAUUCCAGCGAUGAUUAUAGCGAUGCCUUGAGGAUGCUUUACGAUGAAGAUCCAAGCCAGAGUAACGAGUCUUCUUCUACUACUGCAAAGUCACCAGAGAAGCCUACUGAUGAGAAGAAAGAAGAAGAUGAGAACUGUCCUCUCUGCAUUAACAAGAUGGAUGCAACUGAUCUACUCUUCAAACCAUGUUCUUACUGCGUGUACAAGAUUUGUCUCUUCUGCUAUCAUAAGAUGAUCAGGGAAAACACUGGAGUUUGCCCAGGUUGCAGGAGGAAGUAUGAGAAGCAGACAAGUGGUAGUAAAAGCGGAGUAGUAGCUUUCCAGCAACCUGGUGGUGACCCGAUCCCUUUGUCUUCAUCGUUUCAAGGACUUGAUGACAGUGCUUAA